AUGAGAGAACGCGAUGGGCACCGCGAUGGGCACCGCGACACUAGCGAGGUUGAAGGCGAUGGCACCGCGACACUAGAAACAUCCCAGGCAGCUGCCUCCUUACUUGUCAAAGAAGAUAUUUUUGUUUGUCUCAUAAUGUCUGACGAAGAAAGUGAAAUGUUGUUUGAAUACGACAAUGAAGAUGACGACGAAGGAGAUGUUCUAGAUGACGAUACCUCCUCUAUUUCAUUCGAGUCUAAUGAAGAUCCAAUGGACAUCUUUGACAACAAUGACAACAACAAAGCUGCCGAUACACCUAGCUCGAGGAUUAUGGGUGAAUCAACAAGUAUAGGCUAUAACGGAACCUUGUACCAAGCCUGGACUUUAGAAAAGUUUGUUGAAACAGUAUUCUUAUCUGCUUUGAAAAAGCUUCAAAAUGUCCAAUUGGGGAAUUGCUCGGAAAGCGAUUUACUUAUCAUGUUGCAAUACAAAAAAUGGCAACUGGACGCUGUUUUGGAUGCUUAUUUUGGAGACAGAGUGAAAUUUAUGCAACAGUGUGGUUUACCAACCGAUUGUCCUUCGAAUAAUACAUUUGACAUUGAGCAAAACUUUUCCUGUACUAUUUGUUGCGAAACGUAUCCAAAGAUUGAAGUUUACUCAACUACUUGCAAUCAAAAAUACUGCUUAAAGUGUUACUCCUCUUAUAUAACAAUCGAGAUCAAUAACGGCCGUUUGAUAACAUGCAUGGAUCCAGAGUGUCACUAUACUAUCCCUCAUAGAGACGUUGAGCAACUUUUCUCAAAAGCACUGGAUGGCCAGAAUUUGAUUGUUACCGAGAAAACGUUGAAAAAAAAUCCACUUAUUCUUGCCAGCGCAAGAGAAUAUGUCAAUUCAAAAGGUUGUUUCAAAUGGUGUCCCGCGACUGAUUGUACAAGUUUUACAGAAAUACUACCUCAAAAUUCAUCCUCGUUGUGCAACCUAGAGUCAUCGGGUCAAUAUACAGAUAUAUCUCUAGUGCCUAUAGUGGGUUGCGCCGAGCACCAUGGAUUUUGCUUUGAGUGCAACUACGAAAACCACCUACCUUGUCCGUGUUGGCUUGUCAAAAAAUGGAUUAAGAAAUGUGCAGAUGAUUCGGAAACCGCUAAUUGGAUUGAUGCAAAUACACAUGGCUGCCCAAAAUGCCAUACUUCUAUCGAGAAGAACGGUGGAUGUAACCAUAUGACAUGCCGCAAAUGCGGUAAUGAAUUUUGUUGGAUUUGCCUAAGUGAUUGGAAAAGCCAUAACAAUAAUUAUUCAUGCAACAGGUUUAAAGACGAAAGAGCCGAAGAAGAAGUGCGGAAAAACUUUAGUCGAGCUUCAUUGGAGAGAUAUUUGCAUUUUUACAAAAGGUACUCUAUACAUGAAUCAUCAAUGAAAGGUGAUAUAAAAACGUUGAAAAAAAUUGAUAACGUAACAAAAUUGUACAUGGAGGAUAGAAGAAACAAAGGCGAACGCAACCUAUCAUGGACAGAUAUUCAAUUCUUGCCCGACGCGAUGCGAGCAUUGCAAAAUGGGAGAAAGACUUUGAAAUGGACAUACUGUUUUGCGUUUUACUUAGCGCUGCUGAACUUUUCACAAAUAUUUGAAACAAAUCAAGAUUUUUUAAACAAAACCGUGGAAGAUUUGUCAAAAGUGUUUGAAGAAAUUAUUGCAAUUGACAAAACCGAUAAGGUUGGAACAAUUUUGGAGAAAAAGUUGCAGAUUAUCAAUUUGGCCGAAUUGACAAAUUCUCGAAGAAAAACAUUGAUUAAGAGUGCAGGAGAAAAUUUGGUUAUGGGUUUACUCGAUCGCAAGAAUUCCCAAAAAAGUUUCCCAGAGGAUAAGGUGAUAAGUCGCAAGGAUUCCCAAAAAAGUUUCCCAGAGGAUAAGCUGAUUUGUCGAAGCAUCUCAUGCUCUUCUCAGAGGAGUUUUACCAGAGUCUCAAAUGACCUUUUGCCACAUCAAAACCCAAAUUUUAGGGCAAAACCGUCGUUAUUACGCUCAGUUUCCGCUCAUGGAAUACCUAAUGUUAACUCCACCAAGUUGAGGAAUAUUUCUUUCUUGGACAAAUCUCAUUUGAAACUACCGGCUCAAAUGAAAUCACAAAAGCCGGCACUUAGAAAACACCAUCUGUACGAAGGAUCCUCUCAACGGACUUCAUCACUACAGACAAAUUUCGAAAAUCUGAAUACUAUACAAUCAAAAUGUGAUAAAGAUGGUAUUAGUCCAUUUAAAGUGCUAACAGAUGAAUACGAUACGAAAAGACCUACGGCCAACUCGGCGCUUUUGCAUAUGACAAUAGAUAAUUCAAUUAGUAACUUGAACAGAGAUGUUUCUAAUUUGGAUUUGAAGAAAACUGGCAUGUAUCAAAGGAUGCGGCAAGUGGCACAAACAAGAAUAAACACGUUGGUAUCAAUGAGUCGACUUAAAUCUGUGAUUUCACUAGCCAAUUUGAAAGAGUAUGAUGACGAUCAUGACGAUGAACAAAGUUUUGAGGAAGUGGAAGAUGAAAUACCGAUUGAAUUCAAAGAAAGGGCACCUAACGACUUUGAAACGCAAUAUCCAGUUGAGCAGCUAGACAAUGACAGCAACAUUUUUAGUAGUCUCAAACCGUCAGAAAUCAGUGAAAUUUUAAACGAAAUGGUGAAAGAUACUAGCAAUGCAUCUCAAGAGACCAAUACACACAUUAUUCCGAAAUUGAAUAGAACCCAACAAAAAGUGAUGUUUUACAAAGAUCUAUUUCAGGAGUGUAAACCUGAAAACUCGGAAAAGUCGCAACCAGAUGCCUUACCUUAUAGUUGGAAAAUUCAAAGCGAAACAAUCCUUUUACAAUACAAUAACGUUAGAUUCAGAUUUUCUUCUAGAGAAGAAACAUCUUGUGCUGAAAAUAAUAAAUUUGGAAUCUUAGGAUUUAUGACUAGAUACCAAAGUUUCGUCUUGGACAGCGAUACAAAGAAAAGCUCAUACAAAUAUACAGAUAACAAUUUCGAUCUUUGGAAAAUGUGGAAUUCAGAGUAUGAGAGAUUCUUUCCCACUACAAGCUGCACUACAAGCUCUGUCUAA